CGCAUCACAGCACGACAAAACCCCACUGCAAGACGCAGUGCCAGAAUAGAGCAGCUUUGGCACGAGAGCUGGUUUCCUGUAGUUGAUAGGAGGAGAGGGGAGAUCGUUUCUAAGAAUCCCCAAACAUACUUCUUAUCAUGCUGGAAUCCGCAUAUUUGCUGGCUCGCGUACAGAGGCAAUGUAGUGGAGAGAAAAAGGGGAACUCCACCGGUGGAGAGAUCUGGGGAUGCAUGGACGCGGCUAUGGGUGAUUAAUGCCAUGUUGUAGCUGCACAACAAGACUGGAUAUGCGCACAAAAAGUGGGGAUAAGUGAGUUUCGGGGCCCACAUGAUGGACACUGCGGAAGUGAUUCUCUCUGUGCUGGUGGUUGUGAUUAUCUUAGUGUCGUUGCUGUCCAACGUCCUGGUGCUGAUCUGCUUUCUGUACAACCCGGAGAUCCGCAAGCAGGUCCCCGGUCUGUUCAACCUCAACCUCACCUUUUGCAACUUGUUGCUGACUGUGUCCAACAUGCCGCUCACUUUGGUGGGACUUGUCAGUAAGGCUCAACCGGGAGGAGACGGCUUCUGCCAGAUCGUGGGCUUCUUGGAGACCUUCCUAUCCACCAACUCGAUGCUGAGCAUGGCAGCUCUGAGCAUCGACAGGUGGAUCGCGGUGGUGUUCCCCCUGAGGUACCACUCCAAAAUGCGCCAUAAAGACGCGGCUUUUGUGCUUGGGUACACGUGGGCACACUCCAUGUCCUUCUCCACGGUGGCCACCUGCCUCUCCUGGGUGGGAUACCACCGGUUUUACGCGUCCUGCACCCUGUUCAACCCGAGGGCGAGCAGUCGGACCCAGUUUGUUAUCUUCACCGUCUUUUUCCACUCCUUCACCUUUCUCCUGUCUUUAAUAGUGCUGUGUGUCACUUACCUCAAAGUGCUUAAAGUGGCAAGGUUUCACUGUAAGAGGAUCGACGUUAUUACAAUGCAAACUUUGGUGCUGCUGGUGGAUAUACACCCCAGUGUUCGCCAGCGUUGCUUGGAAGAGCAGAAGAGGAGACGACAAAGAGCGACAAGAAAGAUCAGCACCUUCAUCGGCACCUUCAUGGUCUGCUUCGCUCCAUAUGUGAUUACAAGGAUUGUGGAGUUAUUUCCAGCAGUGCUUAUCAACCCCCACUGGGGAAUUGUCUCCAAGUGCUUAGCUUACAGCAAGGCAGCCUGCGACCCUUUUGUGUACUCCCUGCUCCGACACCAGUACAAGAAGACUUGCACUGACAUCAUCAACAGGCUGCUGAAGCGUAGCUCCUUGAAUACAUCCGGGCGCAUGCACGAGAACCAAGUCAACAGCAUAGCGCCUGCAGAGUGACAGAUAGUGGAUUGAUACAGUCUGAGGGUUGACCCAGCAACUGUUAGGGAAAUAUCAGACUGAUUUAUCGUCGAUGAAGAAGAGAACAAAUAUUGGAUGUUUCCGUCCACGUCUGCUUGAAUUUGGUCUGACAUGCCAAAAAAAAACAAGGUCAAAUCCCUGCACAGGAAUACCACUGUGCUUUCAUACUGAGUCCCCAGAGCAGCAGAUCAGUGCAGUGAACUUGUGAGGACUUUUGGCAAUUCGGCAGAUUUCACAUCCACCUGGAGAGACAUAUGUGCUCAGCCAAGAAGAACGGCCAGUUCAUAGCCUCAUUAUUCCAACUAGCAUAGCUUUCAGUCUGAUGUAAGAUGCAGUAUAUUGAGUUUGUUUUACAUAACUGUAGUAAAUGGUCAUUAUCUUAAAGAAAAAAAGGAUAGGGAAUGACUGUACUGUAUGUCUGUUUUAGUCUGUGCCAAGUGUUUGCAUGUGACAAGUUGAUAGGUUCACACUGUAUGUAGCACUGAAAACUAGCCUAACCAAAACUUGACAGUCCCCAAAUUGUAUCACAGAUGAAAACAUACAGCAGACAGUGCCGCUGCACAGUCCGGCUCAGGUUAUUUCAGAUAUGAUGGGGUUUAAGGUACUUUUAUUUUUGUAGUACAUUGCCUUGUAGUUUAUAAGGGCCAAUGAAGGGAAAAAAAGCAAGAUUAUGUAUUUUUCUGUGUUUCAUGUGCGUAAACACAUUACCAUUAUUUGUGCUUUCAGCACCCAUUUUGAAGGACCCGGCCAAGGAGAGUUCUAACAGGAAAAAUAGGCCUUUAAACCGGCUGCCUUUGCUGUCACGACUGACAUGUGCCCCUCAGGUUGUUUAGUCAAGUGGAGCGUGAUUGACUGUACUUGGCCGGGUGUGUACUAGCAGAGAGGAGUAACCCGUGGAGACUGCUUCAUGCUUUCUCACACAUUUGGGAAAGAUGGACAGGAAAGGACAAUGUACAUUAUGUCUUUAUUUUCAUUAGCAGAGUGAUCAUAUGGCGACUAAUAACAUUGUGUGAUAUUUAAUGUCCAUGACAGAAAAGCUAAAGAAAUAGUCUCUGCUUUCGGUUUUAUUUACAGUGUUUUUAAGAAAGAUACUUGGAAACGUUUAUGUUUUUUUUAAUAAGAUGGAUAUAUAGAGGAUAGCAAUAUCAUCUUUUUACUCUCACUUUGAAUAUAUACAUAUUCUGCAGUUUAGUAGUUUCCAGGCAUUUCUUGAAGCCUAAGCCCAAGAGCCCUCUUGACUGACAAAUUGUUAUCUGACUCACUACAUGUUGUACCUAUUAUAUUCAUUUUUGUUCUGUAUCAGAAGACAGGCAGCUCUGUGUCAGAGGGCUUUUGACUGGGCUCCACUUGUUAUAGAGUCAACAUAUUUUAGAUAGAGGCGCUUCAAUGCCUUAGUUCAGAAAACAGAGAAUACGGAAUAUUGCAAAAGUUUAAGUUCUUGAUGGAUUUGGAUGCACAAUGUGUUUAGACGGUACAUGAACAGGGCCAACAGUGAGAUACUAUAUGUAUCACACAGUGCCAAAAUUAUUAAUGAUGCCCAGUGAGCCAAAUAUUAGUAGUUGCAGUUCAUUUUCUUCUGAAAACAUAAGAAAAGAUAGAUAAAAAAAAAACUUUAUGUAAUUACUAAUUGAUACACAUAUGAUUUUAUUUUGUGUUUGGAUUUAUGAUAAUACGGAGGAGAAAUGGUUGUCUUGGAUAUAAUGCAGUGAAGCACUGUAUGAUACUCCAAGACAACCAAUGCCUUAAAUUCUGUAAUAUAUGGUGGUUUAGAGUUAUACCAUUCACAAUAGCAUAUGGAUAUCUUAUAACAAUAUAGAGUCAAUCAUUGCCUUAUUCACUUCUGUUCAUUAACACAUACUCUUCUAGAAUCUAUAUUUCUGUACCUUAAAUUCUGCUUUCAAUGGUAAUUUAUGUUUUGCACUGAUGUAGAGUAGUUAUUUUUGUCAUACACGAUGGUUAUUGGUGAAAAACAAGCUAAAAGAACAUAAUAUGUUGACAGAUUUAGAUAAAUGACAACGUGAAAAGUAUUUUUGUGUCUUUUUGAUAUAUGUAAAUGUGAUUUAUGACGACACUGUAUUUGUUUGAGUGUUACAGAAUGUGCAGCUUCACAUGCAAAUUAUGUUUGAAUUGUUGUUGAGAAGUGACAAUGACUUGAGUGUAAUAUACCUCAUUGUGUUAUGGUGACUGACUUGACUGCCUGAAGUGUUUUGUAAUGUACAUUCAAAUUUAUUAAACCACUGGCUCGAUGCUGCUGCUACAGAUGGCUAAGAUGAUAAACAGUUGAUGUGAUGGCAGGUGAUCAUGAUGACGAUGACUGCUGUUUGCAUCU